AUGGAGAUGUGGCUUGGCAUGAAGCGGGCUAUUAACACGGCCAAGCGUGUCCAGAAGAAGUAUGAGAAGGGCCGAGCCAAAAUUACCCAGGCUGGGAAGCUGCUCCAGGAUGCGGAUCGACAUGCAGAGGAGAACGCUGCCAAGAUUGCCGAGCUAUCUUGUAGGCUGGUAGAGGCUGAGAGGGCGGUGGUAGAGGCCGAGGAGGCGAGGGCGGCGGCGGAGGCGGCGAAGGAGGAGGAGCUUCGGUCUCGGGCUAGGGAGGUGGAGGAGCCCAAGAAAAAGGCCAUAGCCGAGUACCGAAGCUCUCUAGAGUUCGUUGCCCUCCUGGACAAGGAGGUGAUGGAGCAAUGCGAGGAUCUCAUCUACCGGUUCAAGCACUUUAAUGCCGAUAAAAAACUAAACUUGAACUUCAUCCGGGAUCCGCCACCGUUGCCCGAGAGGGUAACUGAGGAGAUGGUCGAGGCGUACCUCGGGGAGGAUGCCCAGGUUGAGGCUUUAAUUUAUAUCCAAGUCUAA